GUCUUGGGCCUCUUAGGAGGCAGGGACAGCAGGCCUGGCCAGCUCAGAGGACUCUCUGUCCACAGUGUAAAUGAGAACACUGCUGGCCCAUGUCUGGCAGGGAUGUAGAGGGCAGCCUCGGAGGCACUGGGCACUCCCGGCACCAUGGAUGACGCUGCCGUCCUCAAGCGACGAGGCUACAUCAUGGGGAUAAACUUGGGAGAGGGCUCAUAUGCCAAAGUCAAAUCCGCUUACUCUGAGCGCUUAAAGUUCAACGUGGCGGUCAAGAUCAUCGAUCGCAAGAAAGCCCCCACGGACUUCCUGGAGAAAUUCCUUCCCCGGGAGAUUGAGAUUCUGGCCAUGCUAAACCACCGCUCUAUUGUCAAGACCUAUGAGAUCUUUGAGACAUCAGAUGGUAAGGUCUACAUUGUCAUGGAGCUUGGGGUCCAGGGUGACCUCCUUGAAUUCAUCAAAACCAGAGGAGCCCUGCAAGAGGAUGAUGCUCGAAAGAAGUUCCACCAGCUCUCCUCGGCCAUCAAGUACUGCCACGACCUGGAUGUCGUCCACCGAGACCUCAAAUGUGAGAACCUUCUGCUUGACAAGGACUUCAACAUCAAACUGUCUGACUUCGGCUUCUCCAAGCGCUGCUUGCGGGAUGAUAGUGGUCGACUGAUAUUAAGCAAGACCUUCUGUGGGUCAGCAGCUUAUGCGGCCCCCGAGGUGCUGCAGGGUAUCCCCUACCAGCCCAAGGUGUAUGACAUCUGGAGCCUGGGUGUGAUCCUCUACAUCAUGGUCUGUGGCUCCAUGCCCUACGAUGACUCCAACAUCAAAAAGAUGCUGCGCAUCCAGAAGGAGCACCGUGUCAACUUUCCACGCUCUAAACACCUGACCGGUGAGUGCAAGGACCUCAUCUACCGAAUGUUACAGCCAGAUGUUAACCGGCGGCUGCACAUUGAUGAGAUCCUCAGCCACUGCUGGGUGCAGCCCAAGGCACGAGGUCUGUCCUCUGGAGCCAUCAACAAGGAGGGGGAGAGCUCCCGGGCCACUGAGCCCUCAUGGACCCCUGAACCUGGUGCCGAUAAGAAGUCUGCCACCAAGUUGGAGCCUAGGGAAGAGGCACGAUCUGAGGCCCAGUCUGAGACAAAACCCCAGGACGAUACUUUGCAGGUGGUCAGGCAGUCAGAGAACGUGGGCCUCAGCAGCGAACUGAACAGGGACACAGAGGAAGGGCACCCCCAACAGCCUUCAGAGACACAUACUUAGUGAGCCUCUUGCAGCCCAGGGGGCCAGCAGGGAAUGAGGCAGAGCUCAUGGCUUGAAGCCUGAGCCUAGAAGUCAAGGGACGAGAGAGAGAAGGAAGACACUCCCGGAUGAGCUAUUUUCGUCACUUUCUUCUCCCCUACCCUUUGAACUUGGUAACUCACACGGCUAAAGAAGCAAUAAAUCACUAUAUUGGUGCACACCCUAA